ACAACACCGUUCUACACGCAUGUCGAUUUUUACAUGACCUAACCUUCAGUUUUCUCUUCCGCAUCUGAUUUGUAUAUCUAAAAGAAAAGGUAAAAGUUAAAAAUUGUAUAGUAGUACUAAAAUGUUAAUAUACGUUUUGGAUAUACUGCUGGUCUUACUUCAAGUGUUUGGAAUUCAAGCAUCUGGCCGAUAUUUCAAACUGAACAAAACAUGGUUUGAGGCCAGCAAAAAAUGUGACAUGGUUAUGCCAAAUGUAAAAAUUACUUCAGACAAAUUUGUUAUGGAUAUCCAAGAGCAAAUAGACCUAGACGAAAAUGGUUUAUGGGUAGGAUACUUUACAAUGAAAACUGGAUUUGAAUACUUGGGUUGUUCGGGAAAGCCACGUCCGACUAGUGACGAAAGAACUGUGUGGAACACACCUGGUUUAUGUCACACAUUUUGCAACAAGGCUGCAGUUAUUGGAAUAAGUGGACAUGAGUGUUUCUGCCUAAACGGGGAGCCAUCCAGAAGCGAUUAUACAUGCAACUGGUCUUGUAAGUCCCAUGACUGGAUUUCAUGUGGUGGGGAUAAUCUGCAGUCCGUUUACAGGUCUAGCAAUGAAGUGUUCGGUAAAGAGGCAACGAAAUGGGAAAAGGGCGACUGUCUCAGUUUUGAAUACACUGAUGGCAAAAACAAACAAUUUACUUGGAAAUCAUGUUCGAACUACAGUCGUCAACUCUGUUAUGCAACGGAUCGACUAAUUAACGGUGAUGGUUAUGGUCCAUGGAAUGUAUCUGUUCAACAUUGUCUUACACCAUCUUCACGCCCGUCGUAUUACAAGGAUUUACAAGACACAAAUGUUUCAAUCAAUCCGUCGUGGUCAGCAAUCAUUCGAAGCGAUGUAAUGUAUGAAUAUAAAGAUUUUAAAGACAGUUUCACUAAUGUUCAAUAUGGAUAUUUAACCACUGAUAAGAAAACGUCACAAUUCAUUCUGAUGUUUACAAAAGAUGGAAAAGAUACAAAGAAGGCUGCGCUUUGUCAAAACAAAGGAUUUGUUGAAAACGCUAAUGAUGACCAAUCUUCUAGUAAAGGCGUGCCUGUUGGAGUAUCAGUCGCCGUUGUCCUAAGUGCCAUUGCGGUUGCUUCUACAAUUGUUGUUCUUAAAAGACGACAGAAAAUCCCGUCCUUAUGUAGAGGAAUUGCAAAAACCAAAGAAUCGGGAUACACUGAUUCAAAUAAUGUGACCGUUAGAAAUCCAAAUGUAAAGACAGCCUUUGACAACUUUGGUUAUUCCGUAGCUCCGAAGAAUUCAAAUGCUAGUGACGAACACCAAACUAUUAAUCACACUCACGCAUACUUUGAACAUGAUCGGCCUGAAACUGUCAGUAAUACAAAUGAAGAGAAAGAGAAUGAUUAUAAUGAAAUAACAUUGGACAUAAAUGCUACAUAUGAUCAUGCAGACAACAAAACGAAAAAUGGAGAACAAAACACUGAACACACUUAUGACACUACGAAAACGCCAGCGAUCAAGCGCAAAGAAUUCGCUGACAACAAUCCAGAUAAUUUUGGUGACACAGGUGAAGAUGCCUACAAUCAUAUAAAUGAACAACCGUUGAAAAGCAGCAAAACAGAGAAUGUGUAUGGUGUGCCGAAACAACAAGAAAAUUAUUCUAAAGGUGCUGGUAAAAGUUUUGACGAAGAUAUCCGCGAUACAGAAGACACUUACAACCAUAUAAAUGAAAAACCUCUGAAAUCUGACGGAACAGAUAAUGUAUAUGGUCUGUCUAGCAAUUAAAGCCUGUCAAUUGAGACAGUGAAAAUACAAGAAACCUGUAGUGAAUUGUGAAAUGCUGACAAUCAUUAUCGAACAAUCACACCACUGCACGAAAAAGAAAAAUAAUGUUAUGCGUUAAUGUAUUAUCAACUGGAUAAGAUAUAUCUUAAAUUAUAAAAUGUGUGCGUUUUACGCUUAGCAUCUUCAUGCAAAAUCUGUUCAAUUGUGUAUGCACACUAUUUUGAUUCAUUGAAUAUGCUUAAAUACUACGAAAACGCAACAAGAAAUUACUGUGCUGUAAAUUUGAGUUUGGUCACGGCCACACAUCGUAUAUUUUUACUGAGCUAAACAUAUUUCAUAGAUUGAACAGUUUCGUAUGAAGUUCUAAAAAUCACCUUAACCUUAAUUGUCGUGAUUUAUUUCUAUAUCUGAAAGUGAAUAUUACUACACAUUAAUAUUUGUGUUAAUUUAAAGUAAGUGUACAGUAUUGAUAGUAUUAAUCAGAAAUUUAUUUAUUAUAUUCGUUUAAAAAAUAUGAUUUUCUGUUUACAAGAAGACUGGAAAAUGCAAAAUUUUAACAAUACUUUGAGAAAAAAACAAAGAUUUGUAACAUUUAUUUAUUUUGUAACACAUUGGGAGACUUCAAACAGUCUGUUGGUCCUACUGUAUACA